CUGCAUGAAUCUUUACUAUAUUUUCCUGCUGUGAGUACACACUGAAAGGGUGGAAAUUGAUACAGGGUUUUACAAGGAUAACAUGGCUGAUAAGUCAUCAUCGACAAGUCAUAGUAGUCAUGGCAGUCAAGGGAGUGAUGCGAAAAAUGCUUUGUCCAUGAGGGAUCAGAUGAGAGAAACAAAAUUGCCUUCCAGUUUCUAUUCUGAUUCAGACAUACUGUUGUGGUUAAAAGGCCUUGCAAUUGACCCUGGAUGUGGUAAAGUAUACCCAGGUUCAGCUCCAGAACAAUGGAAUCAGAGUCUUGAACUGCGGAAACUUCUGCUUGCUGGUAAUCCCCUCUCUCCUCGGAGUAAGCGAGAACUUGAUCAAUUCCUAAGAGACUUGGUUGUGAAGGAAUCUGAUGAUCAUGUAAAGAGGAUAUGUGAAGAGUAUGAUACAGAGCUUGAAAAGGCAUUGAGGUCAUUGAUUGUUGAUGAUGAUCUGCUAACAACACUUCCUUCAGCUCACCUUACAGCUUCAUUGAGAUCAGAGGAGAGAAAUCAUAAGGCUUGUGAUAUAUUGAGAAGGGUUUUUGCUGAUGGUAAGUAUCCUCCAAUGUCUGUUCCCAUUGGCCGUGAUUUUCAAGCUGAUGUGCCAGAAUGGUCAGGACCAGUCAAUAGGAAUAAGCUUUACAGUGAGGAUGGUGAUUCAAAAGUGUCAAGGUGGUCAGGUACGCGUAUGUGGCCCAUCAACGGGAGGAAAUGUGGAGCCGCCUCCAAAAAAGUAAUUGGGAAAGGAAGACCUGAUUCUUGUUCCUGUGUCUCUCCAGGAUCCAUUGAUUGUGUUGAACUCCAUAUUCAUGAGACACGACUUUGCUUGCAGUCCGAGAUUGGUCCUGCCUUCUGCAGUUGGAAGUUUGACGAAAUGGGAGAAUUUGCCUCUAAGUCAUGGACUUUGAUAGAACAGAGAACCUUUGAAUCUCUUGUGAGAAAAAAUCCACUAUCAAGCGUAGCAGGCUUUUGGAAGCUUGCCUUUAAGCGUUUUCCUGAUAAGCGCAAGAAGAGCAUCGUGAGCUAUUACUAUAACGUGUUCAUUCCUAGGCGUAUGAGGCUUGCGACUAGAGCUUCCCCUGAUAAAUUUGACAGUGAUGAUGACUAGAUAGAGGUAUAACAGAGGGGCUAUAUUGUAAAGUUAGUGUGCUAGACAUGUUCUGAAGACAUGAAACUAUGAUUUUGAGCAGCUUGAGGCUGACACUCAUGAAAGCCUAGCUCGAAUGCAUUUUAGGAGACUGAUCUUGCCAGAUCAUGGUAUUUUGGGUUUAAGAAACCUCACAGGAUAAUCCAUAUUAUUUCUCAUACAUGAUUACUUAUGUUUUAUAUCCUCUAGUCUGAGACUCUCGAGUAUAUAUUUUUUUUAAAGGCUUUUUAAGGCACUAAGGGUUUCAAUAGAAAUCUAUGUCAACAUGAAUUAGAUCUGGACU